CCAAAGCCAAGCCCAAGGAAGAGAGAGAGAGAGAGAGAGGAAAGAGGGGCCUCCGAAUAAUCCGCGAGCUAGCCACUUGUAUAUUCCCUCUUUCUUUCUCCUCCUCUUCUUCUUCUUCUGUUCCCCUUUCCCUUCUCCGACCGUCUUCCUUCCUCCUCCCUUUUUUGACCAACCGGAAGUCAACCUCAAUUCCUCCCCUUCCUCCGUCUCCUCCUCCGCCUCCUUCCGCCGCUCAGGUACGCCCUUCCGAUCCAUCGCCUCCGAUUUCCCUGCAAUCAUCCGUCUCUUCCUGCUAUCAAUUCUCCCUCCCUCUCUCUCUCUCUUCCUCCUUUGUUUCGCCGUUUCCUGCUUGAAUUCGCACGCAUCAUCUACCGUUUUCUUGCGGUCAUCGUCUUGAUUAUUGCGCUUAAUCGGGUGAAAAUCAUUGGGCUAAGGUUGGAUUGCAUUGAGCACUCAGACUUGAAGACGUCAGUUUAUGUGAAGGCCAAUGGGGGACAGACACUUCUCAAACACAUCAAAUUUCUUUGAGAGAGAUAGGGGAUGGGGCGAAAGAGAUGUAGCUGCUGGAAGGUCCUUUUUAUAUGCAGGAAGGGCUGUCACUCCUGAAAGCGUUUCUUAUGUAUACCCAUCUGGUAACAUCCUGACAAGUGGACUCAACUGUGCCUCUCAGCACACCUGGGGAAGCGGAUCAGUUGAACAUUCGUCGACAAAUAGGUUAGAAGGUGGUCCACAAGUUCAUGGGCACCACUCUGCCUCACAUGAUACCUUGCCUCAGUUUGCAAGUGAGGGAAGCUUUCCUCUGGAACCCGAGGUCAAUGCUACCAGUGGCCCUAAUCAUUAUAAUGGUCAGAUUAUGCACGAAGUCAAUGGUGGUUUGGUAGAUUAUACGACGGCCACAGGGAGAGGCCGUUCGAAAAGGAAAAUUCCUAGCUUUAUUCCACCAUGCGAAUUGGGUAGCACUCCAGUAUUUUAUGGCGCAGGAAGUUCCUCUUCCCAGCCAAACGGGCUUCAGCUGGGUAGUACACCUUCAGAUUAUAGUAGACCUUUCCCUUCCAACUCGUUUCACUUGCCUCCUCCACAUGGUGUUGGCAGUUUGACAAUUGGAGGUGAAGACUCUGGGAGUAACCCGAGAAGCAGACCUGUAGUUGAUUCGGAGCCUAACCCAAGCAGAAGCUAUUUUCAAAAUUACACCCCUGGUCCAAAUGGUCUAACCUCUCACCUUCCAAACCAUGGGGCAAUGAACGUCCAUAGUAUAAAUAACAAUCCAUCUGCUUAUGGGCAGAGUCAUAUUGGUAUUUCUCCACCCGCUCAUUCUGGGUUUCAACAAGUAUCAGCAAAUAACACCAUGGGCCAUGAGAUAAGUCCAUAUUAUGCUGGAGGAGGGAAUGCAGCAGAUGCUAGUAGGUAUCAGCACCACCUCCAUGAAUCCAUCUUGAGCAGAAAUCCCAUUUCACCUCCACAGUAUUUUCAUGGUCUACCUGCCCUUGCUGUAAAUGAGGAUCAUGCUAACUACUAUCAAAGAGCCUUACCUAGUUCCCAGAGAACUAACGUAAUAUCUUUGCACACGGGGCAAGGUGCAGCAACAGCAGCAAUUUCAGGAAUGAGUCAUCAGCCAAUUGUUUCAGAAAGUUAUCCUUCGAGAUUUGCUAGACCCUUUCUAACCAGAGGCUGGCAUCACAACAACCAUAGGGAAGGAAGGUCCAGCAGGAUGCUCGAGAGAUUGCACUUACACACAAAUGCUGUUGAUUCACAAGACAGAAUGGGGGGCGAGCCUUUCAUGGUGUUUGAUGGCUCAUAUUUAUAUGGUUCCAGAAAUAUGUAUGAUCAAUAUGGGGACAUGAGGUUAGACGUGGACAACAUGAGCUAUGAGGAGCUACUUGCCUUAGGAGAUAGCAUAGGGAACGUCAACACUGGGUUAUCUGAAAACGUGGUAUCAAAAUGCUUGUUGGAGAAGAAGUACUCGAGUUCAGACAUAAACGCAGAAGAGACAUGUUCUAUCUGCCUCGAAGAGUACAAGAAGACGAGCAGGAUUGGGAAGUUGAAAAAAUGUGGGCACAACUAUCACAUAGGCUGCAUCAAGAAGUGGCUGUCUAUGAAGAACUCCUGCCCCAUCUGCAAAGGACCAGCAGCCCAUCUAGCCGGUCCGGAUCAAGAAUGACGUCUGCUAGCCCCGGUCUCAUGCAGAGAUAAUAAUCCUUAAUAUCUUAGUAAUUGUUUGUAAAUAUGUUGCACAGACAGAUAUGGGGAUUUGAAAUCAACUCUUUCCUCCUCUCAGUCCAUAAUUUGAUUACAUUCUUGAAACAGAACAUCAUCCCGUUUGUAUAUGUAGGAGUAGAUGUGUACUGAAAACGGGUCGAAAAAGUUAUUCCAGAGCUUUUUUUAAUUUCCUCUUGGGACAACUGCAGCUGCUGCUGCUCAGUGGCUACUAGACCCCAACAAGGAAACAUGUUCUGUUUGUUGUGCUGAUGGAAGUUUUUUUUGUAAGUAAAAAUGUUUGAGUUCCCUUGUACAAGAUAGAAAGAAGGGAUCUGCAUUGAUAUUUGGUAGAUGUAC